AGGUAUAAUUAUAAAUAAUGCUGUCAGUAUAUAUAUUGACUUGAAGUCCCACAAAUUGACAAAGCAGCUGUUUUGUUUUUUAUGUUUUUUUUUCUCAGUUGCUGUUUGGUGGCUCUUACUUUCUUUGAGCUUUAGAUUUUUUUUUUUGGGGGUUCCUUCUUGGUUGGAGGAACUGAGAGAAAAUGGAUUCGAACGUCUUUUUGUGAUUUUUUUUUUCCUGGGAUUUGUUUGGAUUUUUUUCCCUUUUUUUUUUUUUUUUUUGGUGGUUUGGGAUUUGAUUUAGGAAUUUUGUAUUGUAAACAAGAAUGUGGAAAGUGGUGAGAUUUGUGGAGUCGAAAUCAUGGGGAUGGAGAAGAUUCAUGUCGACAGCGAUUCCUGGUCCGUGUAUUGUUCAUAAGCGUGGUGCUGACAUUCUUCACGAUCCCUGGUUCAACAAGGAUACUGGGUUUCCUUUGACUGAGAGAGAUCGAUUGGGGCUACGCGGUCUCCUCCCACCUCGUGUCAUAUCAUUUGAGCAACAAUAUGAUCGUUUCAUGGAGUCCUUUCGGUCACUGGAAAAAAAUACGCGUGGUCAACCAGAUAGUGUUGUUUCCUUGGCUAAAUGGAGGAUCUUAAAUAGAUUGCAUGACAGGAAUGAAACUUUAUACUAUCGCGUUCUUAUCGACAACAUAAAAGAUUUUGCACCAAUUAUAUACACUCCUACAGUGGGAUUAGUAUGUCAAAAUUAUUCAGGAUUAUUUAGACGCCCACGUGGAAUGUACUUCAGUGCAAAGGACAAAGGAGAGAUGAUGUCGAUGAUCUACAACUGGCCAGCUGAGCAGGUAGACAUGAUAGUCUUGACAGAUGGAAGUCGUAUCCUUGGCCUAGGAGAUCUUGGGGUUCAAGGAAUUGGAAUACCAAUUGGGAAACUUGAUAUUUAUGUUGCUGCAGCUGGUAUUAACCCACAGAGAAUACUACCAGUUAUGCUAGAUGUUGGUACCAACAACCAGAGGCUCCUUGAAGACCGUCUUUAUUUAGGACUUCGACAACCCAGGUUGGAAGGAGAAGAGUAUCUAUCGAUUGUUGAUGAAUUCAUGGAAGCUGUUCAUAGACGCUGGCCCAAGGCCAUUGUGCAGUUUGAGGAUUUUCAAAUGAAGUGGGCCUUUGAGACAUUGCAACGUUAUCGUAAAAGGUUUUGCAUGUUCAAUGAUGACAUACAAGGAACUGCUGGAGUUGCACUUGCAGGACUGUUGGGAACUGUAAGAGCCCAAGGUCGACCAUUGGCUGACUUUCUGAAACAAAAGAUAGUUGUAGUUGGAGCAGGGAGUGCAGGGCUUGGUGUUCUUACCAUGGCAAUGCAGGCUGCUUCAAGAAUGGCAGGAGUCAACGGAACAGCUGCAAACAAUCAAUUCUAUUUGAUUGAUAAAGAUGGCCUUGUAACAAAAGAGAGGAAAAAUCUUGAUCCAGCUGCUGCUCCUUUUGCUAAAGACCCAGCAGGAAUUGAUGGGCUUAGGGAGGGAGCUUCUCUUAUCGAAGUGCUAAAAAAGGUCAAGCCCGAUGUGCUUCUUGGUUUGUCUGGAGUAGGUGGUAUUUUCAACGAGGAGGUUCUUAAAGCAAUGAAAGAAUCAACUUCAAAUAGACCUGCCAUUUUCGCUAUGUCUAAUCCCACCAAGAAUGCUGAGUGCACUGCUGCUGAUGCUUUUAAGUAUGCUGGUGAUAAUAUAGUCUUUGCAAGUGGUAGCCCUUUUGAAAAUGUUAAUCUUGGAAAUGGAAAAGUAGGUUAUGUUAAUCAAGCAAAUAAUAUGUACCUGUUUCCUGGGAUUGGUUUGGGAGCACUUCUCUCAGGUGCUCGUUUUAUAACAGAUGGCAUGUUACAAGCAGCUGCUGAAUGCCUCGCUUCUUAUAUUACAGACGAAGAUAUCCAGAAGGGCAUUUUGUAUCCAUCUACUGAUAGUAUUCGGCAUAUCACAGCAGAGGUUGGAGCCGCUGUUCUUCGAGCGGCUGUUGCAGAAGACCUUGCUGAAGGACUUGGUGAAGUGGGUCCCAAAGAGCUAGUACACAUGUCAAAAGAAGAGACAGUGGAAUAUGUGACGAGCAAUAUGUGGUUCCCUAUUUACAGCCCUCUUGUUCAUGAAAAGUAAGGCUUAUUUUCUGUGGCUCGCAGUGUAAAUUCUGCAGCUAACCAAGAUUUUCUUGGUUCCACUGUUCAUAAUCUGCAAGCUGAGGAAAGUAGAAGAUGAGAGGUGAAACAGGAAAGUUGGCCUCGUCUAGAUCUUUAUAAGCCCAUUGUUUGAGCUCUAUUGAUUUGGAAUUAAAAUUACUUACGAUUAUUUUGUAUCAUGAAGUUAUUUUCAUAAACUAGUAGAGUUUAAGCUUAUUUCAUUCAGAAACUCCGGGGAGAAAUGUUUGUCAGCUUGGCUUCUGUUUUUACUUUAAUUAUUAUUAUUAUUAUUAAUUUUUUUUUAAAGAAAAAGGAAAAAUAAAAUUCAAGAUGAAA